UUCGGCUCUCUACCCUUUCCAGUAUCACCAUUACCACUUCUAACCAUGGCUCAGACCGACGACCGCACCAAAGUUCUUUUCGUCUGCCUCGGCAAUAUCUGCCGCUCGCCGAUGGCCGAAGCCGUCUUUGCGCACACCGUCGCGCAGCGCCAGCUCAGCGACCAAUUCCUAAUUGACAGCGCCGGCACCGCCAGCUACCACGUCGGCAGCAGGCCCGACCCGCGCUCUGCUGCCACCUGCAAAAGCCACGGCGUCCCAAUCAGCCACCACGGCCGGCAGGUCCAGGCCAGCGAUUUUAAAAAGUUCGACUAUAUCCUGUGCAUGGACGAGUCGAACCUCAGCGAUUUGCUGCGCAAGCAGCCGAGCGGAUCCAAGGCCCAGGUUGCGCUGUUUGGCUCGUAUAGCCCGGACAACAAGGACCGCAUUAUUGAGGACCCCUAUUAUGGCGGCCAGGACGGCUUUGAGAAGAACUUUGGCCAGGUCACCAGGUGCUCCGAGGGGCUGUUGAAGAAGCUUGGGUUCUAAUUUACGCUAGUUUUUGAAUAUACC